AUGCAAGCUACAAGAAGAGUCCUUGAAGCUUUCCCACGGAGCCAACACCUCGUGAUUAUUGUGGAGAUCGGCCUUUCCAUCCCGAUCAUAAAGAGCCCCCCGGUUCCACGGUGGAAUCUGAGAAAAGCAGAUUGGGGGAAAUAUAAAUCUUUUAUUGACAAGACAAUAAAUCGAAUACCACCAAGUCCAGAGAACUACCAAAGGUUUGUAAACAUGAUAUAUAAAGGGGCCCUAAAGGCUAUCCCCCGAGGGGCCCGGAGGGAAUACAUUCCUUGCUGGUCAGAGGAGUGCGAGUCAUUGUUAGAGCAGUACGAGAGGAGUGGCGUGGACGAGACUGCAGAACGACUGAUCAACACUAUGAACGAGGAACGUAGGAACAGGUGGAAGAUGGCAAUGGAGAAUCUGGACUUUACCGAUUCUAGCAGGAAGAGCUGGGGUCUACUAUGGAAACUGGGUGGUGCCAUAACACCUCGAAGAUCGGCUGUGGAUGUUGACCCAUCCGAAAUAGCGACUGCCAUGAAACAGACCUCCAAAAUACGCCUGAAGACUGAGGAGAAGAAAAGGAUCUCCAGGAACCUAACCAAGGAAUUAGCCAAUAAUCCAACUAAUCUAGAUAUUGUCAAAGCAGUAGACGUCGAGGAGAUUACCCAGGCCCUAACAUUAAUGAAAACAGGGAAAGCAGCCGGACCCGACGAAAUCCUCCCAGAAUUUCUGAGGGAGCUGGGACCCAUUGGGAGGAAAUGGAUGGCCAAGCUCUUCACGGAAUGCAUUAAAUCAGGUGCACUCCCGAAGUUAUGGAAAGAAGCUAAGGCAGGUAAUGAGGCGGGCGGCUCGUGUGUCUUGGCCCGCUUUGUCGGGGCCGUCUCAUUAAAUAUGGAUCAGUGGCGCGACACAAAGGCGGCCGCCGCGACGCGCAGCGCACGGCAUUUACCUGCUAAACCAGAUUAA